UUGCCACUCACACUCAUCCUUAACUGGCGCCCUGUACCAAAGUUGAAUCAUACUUAUUUUGUAGCUGAAUGUUUGCCUUCGUUUCAUAUUGGUAUAUAUUUAUCUGAACUUGCAUCCCAUCACACUCGAUCGCAGGAAACACACCUUAAACAAUAACCAAAUCGUCUUUCCUCCUAUAUGUCUUUCGAUAUCUAUCAGGUUUCCAUAUUGUGACCAUAUUCUUUCGACUACUGCUAAGGUCUGAUCCGGCAUUUGUAUCGGAAGCCUUGUUUCAGUUCCCGCCGUAUCAGAAUCAUGAAGGUGUUCUCCUCGGCUUGCACUUUCAAUUAUUCUUGGGAAGAAGUUUCGACGGCGAACUGGCGCAAGUACUGCCCAUGGAAUGACAAGUCUACCCAUGUUGUGGGGGUUGAUACAUUAUCUCGCACGGUUGACUCCCAGACUGGCAUCUUACGGACGGAACGCCUAAUCACCUGUUCACAAUCUGCACCGCAAUGGGUUUCUUCGCUAUUCGGAGGCGAUGCGACUUCACACGUUUACGAGGUCUCGUAUGUUGACCCGGUUUCGAAGAAAGUAACCAUGUCCUCGUCCAAUCUCACAUGGUCCAACCUCCUAAAUGUCCGAGAAACCGUUAUAUAUAAGCCAUCCAUCUCCAACCCAUCUUCGAUCACGGAUUUCAGCCAAGAGGCGAAGAUCACUGCGCUUUGCGGCGGGUGGCAGAAAAUUAAAAAUAAAGUGGAAGAGGCGAGCGUGGAACGAUUCAGUCAAAAUGCAAUCCGGGGCCGUGAGGGGUUUGAGGCUGUCCUCGAGAUGAGCCGGCGAGUUUUCAGCGAGCAACGUGAGCUGAACAAAGAGAAACUUCAAAUUUGAAGUCUGACACUUCGGUUGGAAGCGUUCUCGAUACUGGGCUAUGCUCCACCACACCACUCCAUAUUGAGCAUUUGCAUACUCGGCACCGGCGUUCAUGAACAUUCUCAAAAGUCCCAUUCAUCUCGAGCGCACGGCGUGGCUUGGCGUUUUUUGUUCUCCUUCUCGGGUGUAUUUCCAUUAUGACCUGUUUUUCUGUCGACCCAUAGCAUCUGUUGUUGUUUUGCAAGCACGGUUUACGAUUAUGUAUUAAGAAAAAUAAAUAGUACAGUGCGAUCUAAUAAGAUAUUAGACAGAAGCAG